UGCUUGCUUGGAUGUCCAGCACAGAACCAUCUAAUCAAUCUGUCAUAUUGCGUGGUUGGCUGCGGCUCGCGAUUUUUGCAUUGGAACAGGUUUGAUUGCUAGUUAGAGAAACCAGCUUUGGUGAAGUGUAUCCGUGUGGACCAAAUUAUCUGCCGGCUUUAUCAGUUCAGGUGAUGAGUCGAUUGCACCUCUUGAAAAAAAUUUACAGUUCAUCAGCCGAGGGUUUUCAUGUGCAUCUUCACCGGAAGCAGCUUAUUCCAUUUUUGGUGGCGAUAAUUGGCAAUUUAGUCUAUCGGGAAGAAUAUAGUGAAGAAGUAAUUUUUAUUUAUUUGUGCCAACGAGGACACACCAAUAUUAGGAGUUUUAUCGUGAUUACAAAUAUCAGGCGCCAAUUCGGGGGUCGAAUCCUAGAUGUGCCAAUCACCGGGACAUGAGUAUGAAUGCAGCGACUGAAAAGCAAUAAUUUCACGGCAGUCACGAACUUGCGGUGAACCCAAAAAUACUGCCGUAAAAGGAACCGACUCGUACAUACACCUGUACUGUUCCAACACCAAUUCGAUAGUUGCACUACCGUAAACUGUCUGACUAAGCAUUGUGGAAUUUAUUGGCCGAUAAGUGCGUGAAAACCCAUUCUUUCAUUCGGUUCAAGGUCUCGUGAGUUUUGUGAAAUUAAUGCAUGUGAUUGUGAAUAUUUCGACUGGAUACGAGCUAAUCGUUCUCGCUGGAAUACUAAUUAAUUCAAGUGGUGCAUAAAUCGAGUGUUAGCUAUAUCUCUAUAAUACAGAUUACUAGAUAACGCCGAAUUUCACAGUGUGGUGUAUUUCUUUUAAUUUUGAAUUACCUACUUGAGGAUUAUUACAGCAUUUAGGACGUUCGUUGGACGGAUAAAUAACAGUCAUGGGGAAUAUUUACACCGUAGGACCGAACGAGGCUCUUAUCGUAUCAGGUGGAUGCUGCGGUUCGACGAAGAAGCGCACCAUCGUUGGCGGCUGGGCGUGGGCCUGGUGGCUUGUAACCGACGUCCAGCGGCUCUCGUUGGAGGUCAUGACGCUGAAUCCGAUGUGCGAAAUGGUGGAAACCGCCCAGGGGGUCCCCCUAACGGUGACAGGUGUUGCACAGUGUAAAAUCAUGAAGAUGAUGAACGUCUAUUAUUUUCACCAUCAGGCCGACGAACUGCUCGGUACCGCCAGCGAACAAUUUCUGGGCAAAUCGGUGAAGGAAAUCAAGAUGACAAUCCUGCAAACGCUGGAAGGACAUCUGCGGGCCAUUCUCGGAACUCUUACAGUCGAAGAAGUAUACAAAGACCGCGACCAGUUCGCCGCACUGGUUCGCGAAGUCGCAGCACCUGAUGUAGGCCGCAUGGGCAUCGAAAUUCUGUCCUUCACCAUCAAAGAUGUCUACGACGAUGUACAGUAUUUGCAAUCAUUGGGUAAGGCACAGACCGCCAACGUCAAACGAGACGCCGACGCCGGAGUGGCCGAAGCUAACAGAGAUGCUGGAAUACGUGAAGCCGAAUGCGAAAAGAGUGCGAUGGAUGUUAAAUAUUCAACCGACACUAAAAUUGAGGACAAUGCCCGAAUGUACAAACUGCAGAAAGCUAAUUUCGACCAAGAAAUCAAUACGGCGAAAGCUGAAUCUCAGCUCGCGUAUGAACUACAGGCAGCUAAAAUUCGUCAAAGGAUUCGAAACGAGGAAAUUCAAAUCGAUAUUGUUGAACGCCGCAAGCAGAUCGAAAUCGAAACACAGGAAAUCGCUCGAAAAGAUUGUGAACUUUCCGCCACAGUCAAACUACCGGCCGAAGCGGAAAGCUAUCGCGUACAGAUGAUUGCAGAAGGCAAACGCACUCAAACGGUUGCCGUCGCACAGGCUGAAGCGGAACGAAUCAAGAAGAUUGGUGCUGCCGAAGCACAUGCAAUCGAAAUGAUCGGAAAGGCCGAAGCCGAACGGAUGCGGAUGAAGGCAAACGUGUACAAGCAGUACGGAGAUGCUGCCAUCAUGAAUAUUGUUCUCGAGUCACUGCCAAAGAUUGCCGCUGAGAUCGCAGCUCCACUUGCGAAAACCGACGAAAUCGUGCUGAUCGGUGGCAACGACAACACUACCGCCGACGUGACACGCCUUGUCGGUCAGCUUCCACCAGCAAUCAACGCCCUCACCGGAGUAGACCUGUCUAAGGUUCUGGGUAAAAUUCCUGGUGCUAAAGCAUAAUAAGCCCCUGACGAAAUCGACCGCUGAGCCAGAAGAUUUUCUAGCAAAUAUUUUGAACAAUGUUUCUACACUUUGGAACAGUUUUUGUUGUAUGUUUUCUUAUUCUAGAUUUAUUUUUUUCACUUCACUGUAUGUUUCUAAUUGCUCUACCGUUUCAAACGGUCCCUACCCCUCCGCUUUUCCAAGUUUGAACACAUUUGCAAAAGGCCUUACAUUUAACGAUCCACGGUAUGGGCCCAAUUGCUUAUCACAUAUUUUAAACCAGCGAGAGAAAAACAAAUGGUGAGAGUUCAAUCGUGUUAGAUAAAAGCUACAACGUGCCGCCCAUCGGCAUGGUAAUGAAACUAAAAAAAUGGUAGAAUGGCACAGCCUCCAUAAGACGAUCCCGAAUGAUUGCUUGGAAGAAUACAAUUAUAGAAAAUACGUUUAUUCAAUCAACAAACGUAAACCAAAUCCGAAACCAUUCAUAUUUACGAAAAGAUCAACCGAUUCAAUGUGUGUGUGAGUGGAAAUAAAAUCGAAAAAAUACUGCCACUGUGGUCAAUAUAAAGUAUGAAAUGCCAUCCACAGUUGAAUGAUUUCAUUAACUAGACAUCAGAGAAGAAAAACUUGUAUGAGUAUUAUUGUUGUUAAUAUUUUCUGUUCUGUAGUUUAAUCAAAAUAUAUUAUUUAAAUUUAUAUUCUCAUGUGUUGAUUUCCAGAAUUACUGAUGUUCUACUAUGACAAACAUGCAUAAUUUGUUAUGAAUUUCAUGAAUGAAACAUCAGUAUGUAACAUCAACGGUUGUCUUUGUUUGAUAUACUAAUAAAUCGUGCUCUAACUCAAUUCUGCGUAUUCGCCAUUGUACAGAAUUUAUUAAUCGAUAACUUGAAUGCAGUUGGGUCAUGCCACCAAAUUCCGACACAGUUUUGUAUCCGUAUAUCUCCGAUUUCGAUGAAACUUUAGAACAAAAAACUGAACCAAAAUAAGAUGUUUGAUGUACUUUUGAAUGAACGAAGCUGCGUCGUGAAUUUUUGGCGCGCGAUUAACACUCCAGUGAAAAGAAAAUCAUUAAAUAACGUGCAACAAUUUAUUCUUCUUUAAAAACGUUUCUGCUUUUCUAUAAAGAAAUUUUAGAAACAAAAGCCUAAAUUUGACUGCCAGUAAAAAACAAGCAACGUCCAUAGCGGCAGUCAAAAAAAAAUAUUUGUUUUGAAAGAACCGGUUGAGUUUUUGUCCGGUUUAUUGCAAAAUCUAUGUCCGGUUCUUGCUCUCAUUAUUCUUUUUUAUGUGGUUUAUUUCACCCCGGUUUUACCUACUUAGUCGUUCACAGGGGUCAUUAUUCUUAUCCAUUGCAUUAAAAAAAUACUUGAACGGGUUUUUACAAACUAAGUUGCCCUAAUCUAAUUGUUGGUUUCAGCCAUUCAAUUGAACUGUGUGGCACCAAAACACUGCUUAACGUGCUCGAUUUUGUCUUGUACAACUAGGCUGUUCUGGUGUGUGUAUUUCACAUACAGGGUAGUUCAAUUGACAACAAUUUUUCAGUAAUGAUGAUUAUAAUCCUGUUGAGAUGUACAAUCUUUAGUUGGAAUGAUAUCUAUUAUCAAUACCAUUACCAAAACUCCGAUUUACAAACUGAAUCUGAAAGCCGCUUUUUCCGACUGCUUACGAAAAAGGAACCCAUCACAAGGUCCUGGGGGCUAAUGAGAGUUAGUCUUCAAAAGAGGAAGUCAAUCAGGAAGCCAAUUUAAACCGCAAGGAAACUGUUGUUAGUGCCAAUGAAUUGCUUUAAAAACCGAUCUAGCAUUUCAUUUUCUUGGGUUGUGAUACUUACGAAAACAAAAAGUAAAUUUCUUUUGAUCGGUUCUCAAAGCCAGUUUCAAUUAUGGAACACAAGGUUUUCACGCUGUCAUUUCUUCGUGAUGAACUAUAUUCCAGUACUCUCCCAUUGCUGCUACCCAACAAAAUAUGAUGAAUUUAUUAAAUGAAGAAUUCUGGAAUCCAACGAUCAUAGCAGUGACGCUAUUCGAACCAAUUCGAAGAGUAAUGUUAAUGAACGAAUGACAAACGAAUGUAUGAAACGAACAUGCACGAUGUAUACCAGCAGCGAAGAAUGGAUUAGUAGAUUCGAGUUCUCUACGAUUAUUGCUUAUUCAUUUUCACCUUUCUCUCUUUCAUACAGUGAAUAGUACAACGUUUUUCGAGACGGACAUGAGUAUAGACAGGAUAUCUGCACCAAGGAUGGGUGAAUGAAUUAGUUACACGAAAAAUAUGUGCAUCAUUGGCAAUAAAUACAUUCCUAUAUGGAUUUUCUCUAGUAGAAUUUUUGCGAGAUAAUGAUUUACGUACUUUCUAUUAGUAAUCUCGCAAAAUAUUUAGUUUUGUUUAUUUUGUGUAACCCGAUCUGGUACAAAUGCAUUGAAGCAGUGUUGCUAACUUCUUUAUUAAGGAAAUAAAAUCUACAUUCUUCAAAUAUAAGCAAUUUUCCAUCAAACUUUGAUGAUAAAUUAAUCAGAACUGAUAUUUCAUCAAAAAAGUUCGUUUGAGAAAAAAUUAUUGCUAAAAAGAUUGUUUUAAACUCAAUUGUUCAAGCCACUUUGAUAAACUGGUUGCGCUGCAUAUAUAAAUACAUAGAUCUAUAACAUACGUACCGAAUAAAAUGUACGUAAUACUCAAAUUACCAAUACAAGUAAACUUGGCUUACUUUUGAUCCUGAUUCAGAUUGCCUUCUGGAACGUUCUUUCCUCUCGAUCAGUUUCUCAAUGGUAGUGACCAAAAGUAAAAUAAUGUGAGAUUCCUUCACAUCCUCAAUGAUUUUGACAAUCUCCUGACCAAUACGUAGACUCGAUAAUGAUCAGACUGAGCCGUGAAGCGCUUUCUUUGAGUUCCAACUCGAAGUUCUAGUAUUUGUGUUCGAGUAUCCGAAACCCAACCAAAUCUUUGAGCCUGAACACAACCCGUAUCCGACCACUCGACCAUCUUUACUGUUCAUAUAAAAAAUUCCCUUUAGUAGAAGAUUGAUUGUUCUGUGAGGAACAAACACAGAUGGAUCUUUUUGGAAAAAAUGAAUUGAAAGUAUGAGUAAAAUCAAAAGCAAAUUUAAAGUAUGAGGAGAAGCAAGAAAAACGAUUCACACUAAAUAUUGUUUUUUUUUUUAUUUUCAAAACAGUUUUAUCAAAAAGCUGACUUUUUUACAUAAAAAUAUGUUUAUGGUCGGAAAGAAAUCGAAUUAAAAAUUUUGUUUGUUUUCAGGUUUUUUUUUUCUUCUUUUUUCUUCUAUAUUUUAACUGGAGAUAUACGUGUAUAAAACUGUUUCGGGAAUUGAUAGAAUUGUUCAGUAAAACUUUCUAUAAGUACCAGUUACUUAUAAAUUUGAUGUUCACAAGUCUGCAUUUAUCAGCUGUAAUACUUUUAGAAAAUGUUUCGACGAUCACGGAAACUUGUUUCGCAGGUAAUAAUACCUUUAAAUAAUUCUCACUAUUUAUUUCCAUAUAAACUGAGUGAAAAAAUUUUCCCUAUCAAAAAUAAAAUAAUGUUUACUAAUCGGUAUGAUCCGUAGAUUUCCCGGAAUCUGAUAAGAAGCACGGAACAACUUCAGAAGAAAAAAAUAAGUCUCUCUUCUUAAGUAAAGUUGAAAAUCUUGUGACGUUUAAUGCUCCCAAUUGUUUGCAUUUUGUCAUACACGAAUUUUCGUUUCGGAGAUGAAUUUUGUUUUAACUUGUUUAUGUUUGUAUAGCACAGUAAAUUUCGAGGAUACAGAAAACCUGAAAGAAUUUCGAUUUAAACAAAAGUACAUUAUCAGCACAUUUGUCUGCGAACAAAAUCUAAAUCCUAUUGUGUUCUAAGCGAAUAACAAACAUAAACCAACAGCGUGAAUGGUUUACGAAUCGAUCGAAAAUUAAACUGUAGCUAAUUAAAUAAUAUAUUGAUAUCUUCGAAGGUUUUGAUAUUCUAUCCAUAAAAUCUAAUAUUACGAAGGACAUUUUACAACACCCUACCACUGCUCCAGAAGACUCAGACCACAACGCAACCAAUAGCAAAAAUUUUACUACUCGAAGAAAAAACCUAAAUCAAGAACUAAGAUUCAACUACACCCAAAAUAUACAUGAAAAUCAUUCGUCUAGAAUCUUCAAUCAAAAAUACAUUUGAUUUCACUAACCCUAUUUUAGUACAUUUAAAUGCGUCUUAUAAACAGCUAAACUCGAAGCCGACAAUUGUUGAUAACAAAUCUUCCUCCAAAUACAUAAUCGUUUAGCGGAAGCCCAAUGAUAAAACCAUGAUGCAUCAAUAAAAACUGGAAAACGAAGCAAGUAACUGUCCUCCACUAAAACCUACUAGAAUUCAAAACCAUUAUUAGACCACAAACGUAGAUCCCCGAAUGAUUUGCCAGUUCUAAAACAAUCGAGAACCGAGCGCCCAAAACCAAGCUGAAUGUCUGUUAUUUAUAUAGGGCAACUAUCGAACUACGAGCCUUGCCUUGCUAACUAGAAUACCCAUUGUAAUAUAAAAUGCGUAGAGUUAAACAGCGAUUUAACGCCGCUUUGUUCUGCUUAUGAUGUACUAGGGGCUCGAACAACGCUGACUUCUGCUUCAGAGGAACAACAAAGAGUGGCGCAUAAUCUCUUACAUCUGCAUAGAUUUUUAGCCGUGCCACGUAACACCUCUAGAAACGUACAAAUUCCUCAAAGUAAACAUUAGUAAAACUGUUGUCAUUCCCGCUGCAGAAUAAUAUCGAAGUUAUAAUAAAUCCUAGUGCAAAUUCACAACAAAACCGAUUUCACAACCUGAAAUGAGGAAAAUACUAAGAGAAAACAAACCUAGCUGCAGAUACAAAAUGUAUAUUUUUAUACUCCUUAUAUAUUGAGCUAGGUGAAAAAAAUCAAUAUACAAGAAAAUGAUAUUAAAAUCAUAUUUUUGAAAUCGUGUAGAUCUAGAUCAUAUUCUAGCGGAGGAAACUGUAUGACGUGUUUGAUCAUCGAAACCAGUUGGCUUCUCUGCUAAUUCAACCAGAUAGUUAACUAUUCUUUUGUGUUCCUCAUUCGAAAGCUUUUCAACCUACUUAUAACGAACAACUAUCUUAUCGUUUCAUACAAAAAAAAAACAAAUGUACUAUAUAAACUGAAUGUUACUACAUUUCUAACUCACUUUAGUUGCAACUAACACCAACUUUACACGAUAUUAUAAGUUUCAAUAUACAACCGGAUGGCAGAUUCUUAUACUUGACAGUAUUUGAACAAAAGUUAACCUUUUUAUAGUAAGUAUAUUAAUUCCCAGUUUCCAACUAAUAUAAAACCUUUUAAAUGACAGUAGAAAAACCUGUCGAAGAAUCAUCAUUCAAAUAAAAUAAGCGAAAGUUUCCCAAAAUUUUAAAAAUGUUUCCCGAGAAUCGUGUGAAUAUAUGUAUUCAGUUCAAAAAGCAAUCGAACAUCACGGCUUUGCAGUAAACUUAGAAGCCGUUUAGGAAAUGUUUUUUUUUUCUUUUCGAUCAAAGUAAUCAUAUGUCAUCACAGAUACCAGCAACCAGUGUUUAAUUUUUCAAUAGUAAGAAGUUGACGAUGUAAAUGAAAACAAUUUAGUACAUACAACAUAUAUGCCGACAACGUGUAACACUCUGAUGAUUUAAAUAAAGAACUAUAUAAACGAUAA